AACGCUCUGUGGCCUUCAUGUAUGACAAACAGAGCAAAGGGAAAAUAAAGAAUGAGAAAAUUCAAAGGUGGAGACUGGAACUGAGCUGUUUCCACUACGAUGUCUUGUAUAGACCAGGCAAACACAAUGUAGCGGCUGAUACGUUUUCUAGAAACGGGUGUGUGUCAGCUAUGAGUCGAAAUGAAUUGAAACUGCUCCAUGACUCUCUGUGUCAUCCGGGAGUAACAAGACUAUGGCAUUUAGUGCGAGCGAAAAACUUACCUUUCUCUUGUGAAGAUGUUAGGCUUGUUGUCAACCAGUGCAGAAUCUGUGCCGAAGUAAAACCCAGAUAUUUCAGUAAUUCUAAUGGAACUCUAAUUAAGGCGAUGCAACCUUUCCAGAGACUAAGUAUGGACUUCAAAGGACCGCUCCCUUCUACAUCUCGGAACACAUACCUGCUAACCAUAGUUGACGAAUUUUCAAGAUUCCCGUUUGCAUACGCCUGUUCUGAUAUGUCGGCUUCAACAGUAAUCAGAUGUCUAGAUAAUUUAUUUGGACUAUUCGGAAUGCCUGACUAUGUACACUCUGAUAGAGGUACCUCAUUCAUGUCAAGAGAGGUGCAGGAAUUUUUACACGAGAGAGGGGUGGCCACAAGCAGGACGACCCCUUAUAAUCCCAGAGGGAACUCUCAAGUAGAAAGGCUAAACGGGUCAUUAUGGAAAGCUAUAACUCUGGCCUUAAAAACUCAAGGACUCCCGGUUUCCAAAUGGGAGCAGGCGUUAAACCAAGCCCUGCACUCUCUUCGUUCUCUGCUCUGUACCGCUACAAACGAGACACCUCACGAGAGAAUAUUCAAGUUCUAUCGCAGGUCCACCUUCGGCAAAUCACUCCCGACAUGGUUAGCUCAACCAGGAAAAGUGUUGUUAAAAAAGGGAGUCCGUGCAUCAAAAUAUGACGAUGGUACAAUAGCUGUGGACUUAAUUACAUGCAACCCACAGUAUGCCAUUGUAAGACUUCCUGAUGGAAGAGAAGAAACAGUGUCAUUACGACAUUUGGCCCCCGUUCCAAGAGAGGGAGAAUCAGAGGUGUAUCAACAUAUGGAACAUGAAGACUUUGAGCCGGAGACAAACCCUAUAACACAGAUGCAGGUGCCUACUGACCAUGUGACUAUAGAACCAAUGGCUGCUUCUAACACAUAUGUACAACAAGGGGAAAAUGGACAUCAAGAAGAAGUAAAUGCAGGGGCUGAGUCUCCUGUUAGAGAGCCGCCGAUGUCACCAACUCCAAGCGACGGCAGUAUUGGUCCUGGUAGAUAUAACCUAAGACCAAGAACAAGCAGACCUAAUUAUAAGGUCUAACAUUUAUUUAAUUAUUUUUCCAUAUCACAAGUUCUAACUCAGUAUCUGUAAGCUUAAUAUGACACACUUUGAACUGAUAAUUUUAUAGUGUAUAACGUGUUUGUUUAUAGUUAUACAAUGCUUUUCAAUAGAGUAAAUCUGUAAGUAUUCUGUAGGGAUACUAAGGCCUCUUAUAUCGCUGUCCUUCACUAUUAUUUACAUGUUUAUGUUCCUAUAACUUUUAGGCGGGGUGAUUGUAGUGUAACUGAGUUGAUUUUCUGCGUGCGUCCAGCGUGUCUGAAGGUCAUGGCCAUUGUUGUGUUUCAUGUCCAGUGUGUGUGUGUGUAUAGACUGCAUCAGUGGUAUGCGAGACGUGCUGGUUUCAUUCACUGUUCAUUGUAGUCUAAUUUUGUCGAAUAAAGCCAUGUUAUUGGUAUUCUAGUCGUUAUCAUUUCAUUACAGUUCUGCACUUUUUUUUAUUAUUUUUAAUUUUAAUUUUUUUAAUUCGG